AUGGGAUUCUCCGCGCCGGCGCAAACCUUUUCAUUUGACGGCCUUCUUUUUGACUUUGAUGGGACCAUUAUAGAUUCAACACCUGCGAUUAUCAAGCACUGGCACCGACUAGGUGCCGAACUGAACUUAGACCCUGAAGUGAUAUUAAAGACAUCCCAUGGACGAAGAAGUAUAGAUGUCCUACAGAUCAUUGCUCCGGAAAAAGCUAACUGGGAAUACGUUAGUUAUGUUGAGGGCCGGAUCCCCAAGGAGUAUGGCCAGGAUGCUGUGGAAAUACCUGGAGCACGACAGCUGUUAGACUCCUUAGAUGAAGCAGGAGCCCCCUGGGCUGUGGUUACCUCAGGGACCAAGGCUCUUGUACACGGCUGGCUGGAAGUGUUGAAACUUGCGUAUCCCAAGUACAUGGUUGUCGCCGAAGAUGUAGAGGUUGGAAAGCCAGAUCCGCGGUGUUACCUGAUGGGCCGCUCACGACUUGGCCUGGAUGACGGGGCUGAGAUGCUUGUGGUUGAGGAUGCACCUUCAGGUAUCCGGGCUGGCAAGGCUGCAGGUUUCAAGGUCGCUGCCCUUGCUUCGACGCAUAAGAUUGAUGAUCUCAAAGAGGCUGGGGCAGAUUGGAUCGUUCAGGAUCUGCGUAGUGUUACACUGAAAGGCUGCAAUGGAAAGGUGGAAAUUGAGAUAUCGAAUGCUUUGCAGUGA